AUGAGUUCCAGAUACGUUCAACCUGGUAUGUUUCGCCUGCUUGGUUGGGGUGCCUUGUGCGUCGCCGGCGGCGGGGCCUAUUAUUUCGCAAAGAAAGAGAUCAAUGCCGAGAGAGCUGCGAAGCACAAUGCCAUCAUGAAGAAGCAGGCUCGUCUAGAGCGUAUCGAAAGCUCAUCAACAGGCCGUCAGAAAGCUCGUCAAACCGACCCUAACAGCGGUACACACAACUCCAAGGGCCUCGAUCAUGCCGGAAGCCCAAGCAGCGAGAUCAGCGAAGAUGUUGCGCCGGUCGGACAUGCCCCGGAAAAUGCCGAGCAGAGAAUAUCACAGAAAAGCAAGUACGAGGCGGCUGAACCUUUCAGAAGUAAGAAAGGGGAUAGGUUCAGCUAA